AUGGAACCCGGCUGGGACCUGGGGGCCUCGGCAGGCCGCUCGCUGCUGCUCUGCUCCGCGCUGCUGGUGGCGGGCUGUGCGUUGGGCCUGCGCCUGGGCCGCGGGCGCGGGGCGGCGGACCGCGGGGCGCUCGCCUGGCUCUGCUACGACGCCCUGGUGCACUUUGUGCUGGAAGGCACUUUUGUCUACUUGUCUUUAUCGGGAAACAUUGCAGAUUCUGAAGAAGGCUUGAUUGCAUCUUUAUGGAAAGAGUAUGGCAAAGCUGACAUACGAUGGCUCCAUUUUGAUCCAAAUAUCGUGUCUGUGGAAAUUUUCACCGUUGUGGUAGGUGGGUUCCUGGCGUUGUUCCUCAUUUAUGCCAUUGUGAUGGAGAGAUAUUACCGGCACUUCCUACAGAUCACACUGUGUGUUUGUGAACUCUAUGGUGGCUGGAUGACAUUCUUCCCAGAGUGGCUUAUCCAAAGCCCCAACCUCAACACCAACAGUUGGCUGUACUUUUGGGUCUAUCUGGUAUUCUUUAAUGGGUUGUGGGUUCUGAUCCCAGGACUGCUAUUGUGGCAGUCUUGGGCAGAACUCAAGAAAAUGCAUCACAAAGGAACUGCUUUGGGGAAAAAGCGUUGGUGAAUUUCAACAUCAUACUGCCAUUUUGCUUAAGAAUGGAUAGAUUUAACAUUCCAGUCUGCACUGUCUUUUUGUACUGUUGUUCCUGAAAACCUGUUUCAAAUUGGUUGUGAGGUAACAAAGUUUUGUUGAUUUUAUUUUAUUUUUUUAAUUGAAGGACAGACACCGAAAAGAGAUAUCUGAGGGUAUA